UCCAUUGCUUAAGCUUAGUAAAUUACUAUUUUGCACAGGAAGAUUUGUUUGUAAUGGUUUACAUUUCAGAUAUAUUUUUCUCCUCAAAAUGCUGUAUAAAUAUCUGAUGCGGGCCAUUGUCUGAUCGACUGAUUUGUCUUCUGUAUUCAUCUAAGGUUUCCGGUAGAGUCUGAGAGUUUCUUCUGACAUUCAUCUGACCAGAAAAACAAGAUCAAGGCCACUCAUUGUGCUAGUCUUUUUCAGCAUCCAGUGAAUAAUUUCUCUAGAAACAGACAGUAUUUGAAGUUGGAGAGGACUAAACAACCCAGCAGAAGCUUGAUUUGUUCAGUUGCAACAGAAAGACCACUAAACCAGGUUGAAAAAUCCAAAAUGGAAACUCCAAGAGAGAUAUUUCUGAAGGAUUACAAGUUGCCAGAUUACUACUUUCAUACAGUCAAUUUGAAGUUUUCUCUAGGCGAGGAUAAAACAAUUAUUUGCUCAGAAAUAACCGUUUUCCCCAGAGAGGAAGGUACUGCUUCACCCUUGGUCUUGGAUGGGCAAGAUUUAAAGCUACUAUCUAUUAAAGUUAAUGGAGAAGAAUUGAAGGGAGAAGAUUUCCACUUGGACUCACGCCAUCUAACAGUUCUGUCACCACCAAGGAGUAACAAAUUCACACUGGAAAUUGUUACUGAGAUAUAUCCCCAGAACAACACAUCAUUAGAGGGACUUUACAAGUCCUCUGGGAACUUCUGCACACAGUGUGAAGCAGAGGGCUUCCGAAAAAUUACAUUUUAUCAGGAUCGCCCCGAUAUCAUGGCGAUAUACACUUGUCGUAUUGAAGCUGAUAAGACCCUGUAUCCUGUGUUGUUAUCUAAUGGGAAUCUUAUAGAGAAAGGAGACCUUGAGGGUGGAAGACAUUAUGCUAUUUGGGAGGAUCCCUUCAAGAAGCCAUGCUACUUGUUUGCCUUGGUUGCUGGUCAAUUGGAGAGCAGAGAUGACACAUUUAUUACUCGUUCAGGCCGAAAGGUGUCUUUGAGGAUUUGGACUCCAGUGCAAGACCUGCCAAAGACUGUCCAUGCUAUGUAUUCCCUUAAGGCUGCUAUGAAAUGGGAUGAGGAUGUUUUUGGUCUUGAGUAUGACCUUGAUCUCUUCAACAUUGUCGCUGUUCCUGAUUUCAACAUGGGAGCCAUGGAAAAUAAGAGUCUAAAUAUAUUCAACUCAAAGCUUGUCUUGGCUUCUCCUGAAACUGCUACAGAUGCAGAUUAUGCUGCAAUUUUGGGAGUUAUUGGUCAUGAGUACUUUCAUAAUUGGACUGGUAACAGAGUUACAUGUCGUGACUGGUUCCAGCUCAGCCUAAAGGAAGGUCUGACAGUCUUUCGAGAUCAGGAAUUUUCAUCUGACAUGGGUAGUCGUACAGUUAAGCGUAUAGCAGAUGUUUCAAAGCUUCGCACUUACCAGUUCCCUCAGGAUGCUGGUCCUAUGUCUCAUCCUGUAAGGCCACAUUCAUAUAUCAAGAUGGACAAUUUCUACACCGUGACGGUGUACGAGAAGGGUGCUGAAGUUGUCAGGAUGUACAAAACCUUGUUGGGGAGUCAUGGAUUUCGAAAAGGCAUGGACCUUUAUUUUAAGAGGCAUGAUGGCCAAGCUGUGACUUGUGAAGACUUUUUUGCUGCCAUGUGUGAUGCAAAUGGUGCAAACCUCUCUAAUUUCUUAUUAUGGUACUCUCAAGCGGGGACACCUCUUUUUAAAGUUACUUCAUCUUAUGAUGCUGAAUCAAAGGCUUAUUCCUUGAAGUUCAGUCAAGAGGUGCCACCAACCCCUGGGCAACCGGUGAAGGAGCCAAUGUUCAUUCCUGUGGCACUAGGUCUGCUCAACUCAAAAGGGAAGGAUAUACCUCUCAGCUCUGUAUAUCAUGAAGGGAUGCUACAAUCAAUAGAAAAGAAUGGUGAACCUGUGUACACUACAGUUCUUCAAGUAAAAAAGAAGGAAGAAGAAUUUGUGUUCUCUGAUAUAUCCGAGCGACCAAUACCAUCUCUCUUGCGUGGUUAUAGUGCUCCUGUCCGUCUGGAAUCAGAUCUCACUGACAGCGAUCUAUUCUUCCUACUUGCCCAUGAUUCGGAUGAGUUUAAUCGUUGGGAAGCAGGGCAGGUAUUGGCAAGGAAGCUGAUGCUCAGCUUAGUUGCUGAUUACCAGCAAAACAAAUCAUUGGUUCUGAAUCCAAAGUUUGUGCACGGUAUCAAAAGCAUACUUUGUGAUUUGAGCUUGGAUAAGGAAUUCAUCGCCAAGGCAAUAACUUUGCCUGGUGAAGGGGAAAUCAUGGAUAUGAUGGAGGUUGCAGAUCCCGAUGCUGUACAUGCAGUUCGAUCUUUCAUCAGGAAGCAGCUUGCGUCAGAACUGAAAGCAGAAUUGCUCAGCACAGUCCAAAACAACAGAAGCUCGGAAUCUUAUGUGUUUAACCAUCCUAAUAUGGCCAGGCGUGCUUUGAAAAAUGUUGCCCUUGCCUAUCUUGCUUCUCUUGAAGAUACAGAAUUCACUGAGCUUGCAUUGCACGAGUAUAAAUCUGCUACGAACCUGACUGAACAGUUUGCAGCUCUGGCAGCCAUAGCACAGAAUCCUGGUAAAACCCGAGAGGAGGUUCUGGGUGACUUCUAUUCUAAGUGGCAGGAUGACUUUUUGGUUGUGAACAAAUGGUUUGCUCUUCAAGCCAUGUCAGACAUUCCUGGAAAUGUUGAGAAUGUUGGGAAACUCUUGAAACAUCCUGCCUUUGACAUGCGCAAUCCAAACAAAGUGUACUCUCUCAUUGGAGGAUUCUGUGGAUCGCCUGUGAAUUUCCAUGCAAAGGAUGGCUCUGGCUACAAAUUCAUGGGAGAAAUUGUAGUGCAGCUAGACAAAAUAAACCCGCGGGUGGCAUCCCGCAUGGUGUCGGCCUUCUCAAGAUGGAGGCGUUAUGAUCAGACUAGGCAAAGUCUUGCCAAGGCACAGCUGGAGAUGAUAAUGUCAACCAAUGGACUGUCAGAGAACGUGUUUGAGAUUGCAUCUAAAAGCUUAGCUGCAUAAAUGUGUUGCCAAAUAUUGUCAUGUAGAGAUACACAUAUUCGGGAAGACGUAUCUUGAGACUGGGUUGAUCAACAUAGAUGCAUAAAUGUGUUGUAACAGAAACUGUCAUAUAUAUGUUUUUUUUUUUUUUGAAAGACAGAAACUGUCAGAUUGGAACUACGUAUGUUCUGGCUUGUGCGUUAUGGUACACUGCACAAAACGGAUUGUAGAUGGGUUUGCUUUUGCAGAUUUUAUCCAGAUUUUGGUUUGUAA